AUGUCAAUAUCUCUUGAUAUCAAUGAAUUUUUUGAUAUUGAUGAAAUUGAGAAAGUUAAUAUGAAUAUAGAUAACAAUAAUACAGAUGUAUUUAAUUCUAUUUUGGAUUCAACGGAUGGUACUGGUCAUGUGUGGAAAGUAGUUGAAAAUGAUGAUAAGAUAUUAGAAACUAAAAGAAUAAAAACUUAUUUACUUUCA